AUGGCUGAUCAAGCGUCGCUUUCCGAUCUAUGCGGCAUAUGCUACACUCAGAAGCCCAAGUAUCGAUGCCCGGGUUGCAAGGCCCAGACGUGUUSACUGCCGUGCUACAAACGCCAUCAACAGCGCGCAUCGUGUACUGGAAAAAGAGACCCAGCCGUGUUCGUUAAGAGAAGUCAACUUGCAACACCGACAGGAAUCGACCAAGACUACAACUACCUUAAAAGUAUGGAACGCAGUAUUGAGCAUGCAUCUCGUGAGACCUCGGAGCGUGGUGUUGGUGGUAAAUCGAAUGCAAAGGGUUCUGACCGUGGACUGCACCCCGAGAGUUUAUUGCAACGCUACUUCAGCGCCAAUCGAAUAUGCAUAGAGCGAGCGCCCAAGGGAAUGAGUCGCCAAAAGACCAAUCAGACCCGCUUCACAAAACGCCAGAACGUACUAUGGACGGUGGAGUGGAUCGAUGAUGAAGGGACGCGAGUUGUGCAAGCCGAUUGUCUAGCGUCGAGCUCGCUGCAAGAGUCCUACGAGCUGGCGUUGAAUCAAAAGCGCAAUGCUUCGACGCGUGCCCUGACCGUGGAUCAUUCAGCAUCGUCGACAACGAAACGGAAGAAACUCCAUCAAAAUGAUGCCCGCGCAACCAAAUCACUGAAGCUGCAGGCGGAYACCGAAGACCAAUGCAAAUAUGCUGAGAAGCCUCGCAAUCCCGUCMGGCAAACGUCGGCUCCGCAGACAGAGUGCAGCGCUGUUUCACAGGUUCCCCCGGAGCCAAACGCAGACGCACACAUUCCAGAAAUGACGACAGUUGUCGGGCAGCCUGCUGAGAGUGAUUGCUCCGCCUGUUCGUCAUUCUACCUGCUCAAGCCUGGUACAACAUCAAGUUCCAAGGUUCUCAUACCACUUGACUCGCAAGCUACUCUUACCGACUCAUUGCGGGACCAGACAGUGCUAGAGUACCCUACACUUUACGUCCUUCCGCAGUCGCCGGGAUCACUUCCUCCGCAAUACUUACUCGAGAAAGAUUAUAUCAGAAUUCGCAAAGACGAGGAAGAGGAGCUCAACGACGCCAUCAAACAAGCAGGGCCAGCUGCUGCCGACCAAAGCAUGCGACACCAUGACGCGGCUGCUGCAACCAACGUUCAGAUAGAUCCGCAGAAGAUUCUCGAUAUGCUGAAGCGAGACGUGACAAGAUAG